AGAGCAAGCCGGCCGUCGGAAUGGCAACUCGUACCUUGCCACCGUCUUCCUCCCGCCUUCCUCUGGCACGGGAUUUCCACGCCACUCGUGACGCCACCCUCCCUUCUCGGCCUAGACGCCGUCGCAGUUGACGCCUGCUCUUUCUUUUCUUCCUUUCCCUGCUAUUGCGCCCUCCACAUAUGCCGUCCUUUAUUUCUGAGGCAGCUGGAUUGGCCACACAUUUUAUAUUCCGCUGCACGUACCGCCGACUGGAAACGUUUUUUUUUUUUUUUAAAAAAAAACAAGGUAGCAGCAGGAGUAGUAUUGCCAGGGGGGGACGAAUCUGUACGGGAUCGCGGGGAGAUUCACCCGGCGCGCACCCUCGCCUCCCUGUAACGUCCUUGUACAAGUGUACUUAUCUCCGGGGAGGGAGGCGGCUCCAGCUCCCCCACGCCAACCCAACCACGAGGACAACACGCCGAGAUGCAGCGCGCGGCGGCCUCCCUCGCCUCCUCCCGCUCAGCGGCCGCCUGGGCGUGCACCUCCACCACCUCGCGCCAUGCCGGCACCGGCGCCUCCUACUACGCGCGCCGCGACGCCGUCGUGCCUCUCCGAAUUCGCGGUCAGGAACAGCCGCCCGCCGCCCUCCCCAUGUCCCUGUCGCUGCUCUCGCGGAGACGGCCAGCGCGGACGGCAAAGGCGGCGGCUGCUGCGGCGGAGCUGACCCCGUCGGCGGACGAGGUGGCCGCGGGCGGCGGCAUUGCCGGCACGGUGCAGCUCGGCGCCAUGAUCGUCGCAUGGUACCUCCUCAACAUCUACUUCAACAUCUACAACAAGCAGGUCCUCCAGGUGCUGCCAUUGCCGCUCCCCUACACCAUCACCGCCUUCCAGCUCGCCUUCGGCUCGCUCGUCAUCUUCUUCAUGUGGGCCGCUAGGCUCCACCCCGUGCCCAAGCUCUCCGCCGCACAGCUGGCCAAGAUCGCGCCGCUGGCCGCCGGGCACAUGCUGGGCACGGUGUUCACCAACAUGAGCCUGGGCAAGGUGGCCGUCUCCUUCACGCACACCGUCAAGGCGUCGGAGCCCUUCUUCACCGUCCUGCUCUCCGCCUUCUUCCUCGGCGAGGUGCCGUCGCCGCUGGUGCUGGGCUCGCUGGUGCCCAUCGUCGGCGGCGUCGCCCUGGCGUCGCUGACCGAGGUCUCUUUCAACUGGGCCGGAUUCUGGAGCGCCAUGGCGUCGAAUCUGCUCAACCAGACCAGGAAUGUGCUCAGCAAGCGGCUCCUCGGCGGCGAAGAGGAGGAGUUCAUGGACGACAUAAACCUCUUCUCGGUGAUCACAGUGCUGUCCUUCCUGCUGUCCGUCCCUCUGAUGCUCUUUGCAGAAGGGGUCAAGUUCUCCCCAGCGUUCCUCCAGAGCACCGGCCUGAACCUGCAGGAGCUGUGCGUGAGGGCGGCACUGGCCGGCCUCUGCUUCCAUGGCUACCAGAAGCUGUCGUACAUGAUCCUGGCGAGGGUGUCGCCCGUGACCCACUCCGUGGCCAACUGCGUCAAGCGAGUGGUGGUCAUCGUCUCUUCCGUCCUCUUCUUCCGGACGCCCAUCUCCCCUGUCAAUGCACUGGGGACUGGUGCAGCACUGGCGGGAGUUUACCUGUACUCCAGGCUCAAGAAAACGAAGCCCAAGAGUUGAUGAAGAUGUUUUUUCCCUGUUCCAGAUACAGGUUUUUGAUAUAGAAGACUAGGUCGAGAAAAUGUAUUGAGAUAGUAGGUUGUACAGAACUUGCCACAGCCCGUAGUACACCUGUACUACAGCCUACAGCAGCUUCUUUCAAUAGUGGCCAGACCAAACUUUUGGUCUUGAAGAUUUGUAACAUCCUCUCCUGAAUAAUGGCAAAUCUCCUAACAAAUGCAUUAUGCUCA